AUGCCGAGUCACAAUUGGUUUUCCUCCCUCACCCUUCUCUCGAGACUCUCCUUUCAAGUGGGGCUGGCACUAUUCCUCGUCGUCGUUAUUGCACCAGCCCGUGCAGCACCGGUCUCUCUGGAAGGGACCGUGACCGUUGACACCAGUGCCUGCUUCGCGGACGCGGUCAUCAUCUACAACCUGGCAAGCUACCUAGUCGGCAACUACGUCAUCCAUGCCGCCGCGAUCCCCGUCGGAGCAGACAUCGGACGAUACGGACAGAAGGUUACGCGCCGGGACAAUUGGCGAUGGAACCUGUGGCUCAACACAAUCUCGCUGUUCCUACCCUUCUUCGCGCUCUCGAGAACGCUUAUCCUGCUCGCUCAGCAGGUCAGGAGCGACGGAGACGGCGUCCUCGCUGCGCUUCUACACGGGGCUCUUCUCGUCGUGGUGAGAGCUCCGGAUUGGCAGCCUAGCACGAGGGAUGAGGUCGUCUACACGAGGCUCCCUACAAAGUUCGCCCAACAGAAUGAUACGCCGUAUGGAGCCUCGCUCCCGGAAGCCACCAUCGUGCUCGAUGCUGAAGGGGAGGAACACGCCUACCAGCCAACAACCGCCGAUGACCACAUGCUCCACGGCAUAGCGAGUCCACCACCAGGCUACACACUGGCAACACCCGUGCGCAAGGGCUACGCCGAGUUUCUCAUCAAGAAACAUAUCAACGACACGAAACGGCUGAAGGUGCAUUACCGCCCGGGCUUCAUUGUCACGCUGCUGUCGCUCGCCCAGAUGGUCAUCGGCACGUUCAGCCUGUACGUCUCGCAGACGACCCAGAUCCCACGCUGGGGGUACGCGGCGUACGGCCUCUCCGUGACCCCCUACGUGAUCAUGUCCGUCAUGAACCUGCUCUGCGGGGUCUUCGUGGACAGCUACACGUGUGCGCAACUCCUGCGGACUCCCAUACUCGAGGAGUCAGUGCGGCGGGGCGAUACUAACACGGAAUACGACGGGACUAUCGGCACCGUGAAGAAGGAGUGCAUGCCCCAGAACUGGGGCACGGACCCCCUAAGCCAAGGAGACUAUGUCGCAGUGCGGAUGCGCACAGAGGACCGGAAGAAGAGCGGUGGCUCCAAAGAGACGAUCCUCGUUGUUACAUUGGACGGAAAGAGCAGGGAGUACCGCCUCGUUCGCGCAGGCCGCGAGGCCGCAGGGGCAGGAGGUACAACACAAGCCGGAUCCUUUCCGCCAGCGGAACCCGUGGUGAAGUUCGCGGUGUCCGCAUUCAGCCACGAUGGUCCUCCGCCCAAAGAUACAGUGAGGAGGCUGGAAGCAAUUACGCCGCGCGAGAGGACAACCAUCAUCUCCCUGUUCCUCCUCGCGAUGAUCCUGCCGCACGUCGUGGUAUACGCACUCACCGGCUAUCGGCCCAAUCACAGCACUGUGGCCCAGAGGGCGUGGAUGAUGGCAUGGCUGGCGGCUGACCAGUUCUCCGCCUGCUCGACGCUCGGGUGCUGGAUUUUAUGGAAGAAGAAGCACAACGUCAUCCCGGACGGAGUCCAGAGGGCCUGGUACGCCGGUCUUAUGGUGGCAGGAAUGGGAGGCUUCGUGACGCUGGCACAAAUGUAUCUGCAGGACCAGGGUUACCAGUUCCAGACAUGUUAGUUGUGGUAACGCUCACAUGCACAUGUUAUGAUUAUGCUCUUCAUGUCACACUAUGUAUUGCCGUGGACCGACUCGGGUGAUUUUGAUGGACCUUCGUAACUCAUCCUAUU